GGGGAAGAUUCGGAUAGCACGUACAGGAGACAAAGCGAGGAUGACACGUCAAGAGGCAGAUGGGUAGUCAUGGAGGAGGAGGAAGGGGGCGAGGAGGAGGGGGAGGAGGAGGAGGAGGAGGGGGGCGAGGAGGAGCGGGAGGAGCAAGAGGAGGAUUGAAAAGGGAAGGAGGAGGAGGAUUGAGAAAGGGGAGGGAGGAGAUAGCUUGCUGCCGCCAUAUUUGGUUCAGAAUCGCAAUGUUCAAUGACAAUGGCGAUCACAUCAGUAGAGCUCACUCAGGUGAAGAAGAAGCGGACGAGGAAGAAGAGGAAGAAGAAGAAGAGGAAGAAGAGGAUGGAGACGAGGAUGGCGAUAGUGAUGAUGAUGCGGAGGGUGAAGAGGAUGAGGAUGAUGAGGAUGACGACGAAGAUGGUGGAAGCGGAGGGGCCCGGCAGAAUAUGCUGAGUUUCAUGUUUGGGAAUGUCGGUGAUGAUCUUGCAUUGGAGGAAGAUUACUUGGACGAGGAUGCAAGGGCCCACCUCGGAGCUUUGGGAAAUCAGCUGGGAGGGUCAUUGUUCGCUUUACAGCGGGAGGUUUCUCUUCCACAGAAAGGCCGACAGAGAUUGACAUCAUUCGAUGAAUCCAAAGUGGACUUCUCAGUGGAGAAGGCGGAGGAUGCUGUGGAUUAUGAGGAUAUUGAUGAGGAAAUUGAGGAAGAGGAGGACGGGAAGGGGAACGAUGCGGAGGUGGUUGUUCCUGAGCCGUCAUUCUAUGCAGAAGCUGCUUUGGCAGUUGGGGCACGUCUCACCUCUGACCGCCCGCAGGUGCUGCCAGUGGGUAUUGACGAUGAGGACGACUACGAUGAGGAGGAAGACAAGGGCAAGGAGACAGCGGAAGUCGAGGCCGAGCAGGCACAGCAUGUGGACGACUUUUCGUUGGUACUCUGGCGAUUUGGUAGCCACAGACUAGAACAGGAUGCCGGGGCUGUCGGUGAUAGCAAAGGUGGAGAGACUGGGCAGAUGCAUAAAGAUUCAGAGGUACUUGCAAAGCUGCUGGAGGAGGACGAGGAUGAGGAUGCAGGGGAUCAUAUUGAUCUUAAUGCAGAAGUUGGCUACCUGAGGGAGUUAUUGCUUGGUGAUGGGCCAGAUGGUCAUGAGAACGAUAUGGCUGGCGUCCCUGCCCUUCUGUCGAAAGAAGGUGCAGUGGGAAUGGGCCACUACCCAACUGCAUCUGGGCUUCUGCUCAGUGAGAGAUUCCCUCUGGACAGCCAAUCAAGCAAAGCAGAUCAGGCAGAGAAAGGUGCCAUUGAGACUGGGGGGCCAGGGCUUGUGCAGGAUCCAGGCACACUCGCGCAGAAAUCGGGAACAUUUAUGAGUGGUACGAAAGAUGACCCGGAUGUAGGUACGCUGCUGUUUGGGGUCUUGAACCUCGAACUUGCGGUUGGCGAGGAGGCUAGCAAGCCUGGGGAACAGAUGCUCUUCGGGUAUCAGACAGAUCUCGAAAAAGGGUUGGUAAACGGAGAGCUGGACGGUGAGGAGGCUUUACCUGAUCUGCAUGAAGAGGACCAGAUUGUAAGUGACAGAAUGCCUUCAGAUGUUGAGAUGGGGGAGGGGGAAGGGGAAGCAGAAGUCAGACUGUCACUUGAUGGGAGGGAGACUGGUGAAGAGGUGGAAGCUGGAUUGGAUGCAGAUGCUGCGGCGGGAACGAGUGAAGAAGAGCAAGCUGCAAGGGUUGAGGGGAGAGAGGAUAUGGACGAGGAUACCGAGGGAGGGGUAAAAGUAGACAAGGAUAUCGGAAGGGAUGGUCAGAAAGAGGACAGAAAAGAAGAGGUGGAGAAGGGUGUGGGAGUGGUCUCCGAGCUGGGGGCAGCGGUGGCGAAAAAGAUAGAAGGGGAUGAAAGUGAAACCCAGAAAGAAGCACAGGAUCAGUCUGUCAGUGCCGCGUCAAUGGAGGAGAAAGAGAAGGAAGAAGCCGGAGGGGGGCUGAUGCAUGCAAGAACAGGCAAUGAACAGAGUACCCAGGAGGAGGAUGAUUUUGAGGAUGACCGGCAGGGUUCAUGGAGACCUUUCUUCCUUCCGGAUGAUGCCACUCCCUCCCCAACGCCUUCUCCCGAGCCGGAAAGGGGGAGAGUUGGGGAGUUCUUGGGGGAUCUGGAUGAGGGCGAGAGACAGGAAGAUCGUGCGGAGGAGCUGGAGGCAGAGGUAGAGAGGGAACUUGCAAAUGCAGUUAAAGAAGAGGAGGAAGGAAGCGAGAGAGGUAUGGAUGAUGUUGAGGCAGCGCUCAAGGAGGUGGAGGAAGAAUUGGGAGCAGGAGGAACAGAGGGCGAGGAACCUGCACAGGCUGAUAAGGGAUCCCCAAAGCAAAUCCUGGCGUCAGAUCCUUACGCGAAUAUCGUAAUGCCAGUGCUUUUUGAGGAGGACGGAAAGCAGGUGCUUCGGUUUUCCGAGCUUUUUGGUGUGAAUAUUCCCUUCUGGGCUUUGGGUGUGAAACCUAGACAAAAGAGACGAGUUGAUAUUGAUGUCCGACAGGUGGAAGGAGAUUCACGGUCUGAUAUUGACGAGGAAGAAGCUCAUCAUGUUGCACCGGAGGCAGCGAUCAAACAGUUGGCGGAGUUGGAGUUGCAGCGAGAGUUGGCGGAGUUGCAGCGAGAGGAGCUUCGCGGAUAUGGGGAGGAGAGCACAGAUGAAGAAGAAGAAGGAGGAGGAGCGAGCACAAGUGUUGAUAGCGAGGAGGAAUGUGCAGAUGAAGAGCAGAAUGAGGAGGCGGGUAUGGUGUCAAUGGACACACAGAGAGAGAUUGAACGGAUGCAGGGGAGAAAGAAGAAUGAAAGACGAGGUCGACCGAAAGGCCGGAGGCGAGCUAGGUUUGUCAUGGGGCAGCCAAUGAAGGUAGGCCAAGAUGCAAUGGACUGGUGUAUGAAGAAACUUGCCAGGGUGGUUUCGAUUAUCCCGGAGGCAAAUUUUGAGCCCUUGCACCUUCAGGAAUGGGAAGCGAAUAUAAUAUGGGAACAGGACCAGAGGGACUGGCAUGGGAAGAAACACAACGGGAAUUAUUGCCAUCAGGAUUUCGACGGCCUCCACGAGGCAACGAUGGAUCGGUCUCUGCCUGAGCUGUUCAGCAGGAAAGUGCGUCACAUGAUCGGGGAAAAGUGGAGAACUUGGAACUCGUGCAAUGCCAACAGAGAGCUCGUUGAUGAGAAGGAUGAUGAUGAGGAUGGCGAGAAAGAUGAAAGCGCGCAUCGACUUGGUGGGGAUGUGGUAGUGGAGGGAGAGGGGGACGAGGAAGACCUAGCUGGCGUGAAGGAGUGGAAGCGUCCUGUAGUUUUGGAACCCCUGGGUAAGGAGUUUCCCCCCCUAAGGAUGGAUGAUGACGACGGGGAGGAUGAAGAGCUUCUGUUCAAUGGGCACAUAGACUGGAUGUCUGCCAGGGCUUGGACAGAAGCCCCCGUGGACCAGGCCGAAAAAGAAAAAGACCCCUUGAUGAGGAAUUUGAAUGGGCCUGAAGAAGACGGGAGUCUCUUCAGGGUCACAACAAGUGAAGGAGGCUGCAUAGCAAGCAUGGAAGCUGUGGAGGGGGCUGCUAGAAAGAGCAUAGGUGCGUCUAGUAUGGGGUUCAUGAGAAGUGAGAGUAGUGGGGAGGAGAGAAAUGAGUUGAUAGGUAAAGAUGUGGCGGCGGCAGAAGGAAGAGGAGGAGGAGACGGCAGAGAAGUGGAAUUGAGUGGCACUCUGAAAAGAGAAGACAGGGAGAGUCAAGGUUUACGGAAACAAAACCUGGAGCUUGAAUCGGGAGAAUGGUUAAAGGAUGUCGAGUGGGAAGGGUUGGAUGAUAAUAAAUGGGAAGCAAGGGACAUGAAUGGAGACGCAAGGCCAAGGACAAUACUGGACCUAAAUGACCCAAACAUGGUGUUUGAAGUGGACAGCACGUCGUCAGCUUACGGGCGUAUUUUGAGUCACGCUGCAGCUCUUAUCGUCGUAACUCCCCCAUGUGAAGUAGCUGGCGAGAGAGGUGGCCCUGGGGCAGCAGGAGCUUCCUCCCCUAGUGCGGCGGCUGGCGGAAGUUUUGCGGCAGCAGAAAAUGCUGCCACAAAUAUGGGUCACGUGUCGCCGCCGCUGAAGGUCAGUUUCAACGUGUCGAAUGAUAAGUUCUACCAGAAACCAGCCAAGAAAAAGGGGCAUGGCAAGCGGAACCAUGUCCAAGGACAGAGGAUUCUGCAUGCAUUACCGGCGCUGAAGCUACAGACGUCAAAGCCGAACUUGCUGCUCAAAGAGGUGGCCAAUUUCCAUCGUCCACGGGUUAUUUGGUACCCUCAGAAGACUGUCACUGCAGGGCAGGAGGUCGGGAGGAAGGAAGAGGAGAAGACAAGAGGUCCUGUGAUUGGCGCGAUGAGGGUCGUCAUCAAGUCGCUGGGAGGAAAAGCGACCACGUGCCAUAUAAAUGGAAGUGACACUUCAGCAGCACUGAAGUCGAAGGUCAAGGGGAAGUGGACGGAUUUGAAACGAGAGCCCUUCAAGCUCUUUUUCAGCGGCAAAGAGCUUGAUGACUCGCGGACACUCGCAGAGCAGUCCGUGAUGCCAGAAUCGAUUGUCUAUCUUGUCUGCACAAAGGUCCACCUUUUGCCAAAGGCCCAGAAACUCCCAGGGGAGAACAAGCCACGACGUCCACCUGCUGCCUUCAAAAAGAAGUCGGAACUUUCAGCAAAGGAUGGACACAUCUUGUUGAUGGAAUAUGCCGAAGAGCGGCCACUACUUCUCAGUAAUGUGGGUAUGGGAGCGAGAUUGGCGAUGUACUACAGAAAGACCUCACCCACGGACAACGGCCAUCGCACUGUGGAGGCGGAAGGCGGCCCGUUCAUUGGCACAGUGAUUCCUCUUGAGCCUGAGGACCACUCCCCUUUUCUUGGAGACGUUCCUCCGGGAGAAACGGUGGGGAGCUUGGAAACAAAUUUGUACCGUGCUCCAGCUUUUCAGCACAAGGUAGGACCUUCUGACUACCUCCUUGUGCGGAGCACCAAAGGUAAGCUCUCACUGCGGCGCAUCGAUUGCAUGCAUGCCAUCGGCCAACAAGAACCUCUCGUCGAGGUGAUGACACCCGGUUCGAAGAUUGCAACAAACUUUGCCACCUUGCGAAUGCAGGCUUACGUGUACAGAGAGUUCCGUGCUAACAUGAAGCCAAAUCAGCAGCACCUGAGGAUCCGAGCAUCUGACUUGCAGGCUCAGUUUCCGGGCCAGUCGGAUUCCAUCAUCAGGAAACGGUUAAAGCACUGUGCGGAUUUUCAGAGAGGGAGUGGUGGAGAUGGGUCAGGAUGGUGGGUGAUGAAGCCAGGCUUCCGUCUACCCUCCGAGGACGAGUUGAGGCGCAUGAUCACCCCGGAGAUGGUCUGUCAGUUCGAGAGUAUGAAAGCAGGGCAGCAGCAUCUUAAGAGAGGUGGUAUUAAGCACCUGACGAGUCACGUAGGCCUGACAAUGGCAAUCCAUCAGCUUCCGGACGAGGCAAUCAUUCUGGCAGCAGCAACACACAUCGAGCGUGAGCUUCAGCUUGCGCCCUGGAACCUCAGCGCAAAUUUCAUUGCGGCGGCACAGGGACGGGGAACUCUCGAGUACACUGGAGUGGCUGAUCCGACCGGGCGUGGACUUGGGUUUAGUUACUUGAGAGUUGUCCCAAAGCCUGCACAAGGAGCACUUGUUGAGAAGAAGGCGGCGGCUGCAAGAGGUGGAGGAACCGUCACAGGAACGGAUGCCGAUCUGAGACGGCUAAGUAUGGAUGGAGCGAGGCAGGUCCUACGGAAAUUUGGUGUUCCUGAUGAGCAAAUCGAGGGUUUGACUCGGUGGCAUCGGAUAGCCAUGGUGAGGAAGCUGUCUAGUGAACAAGCGGCCGGGAGCAGAGGCAGCUCGGCCGUGACCCUUCACAAGUUUGCGAGAGGUACUCGGAUGUCGAUGAUGCAGCAAGAGCAACAAAGGAGAGAAAAGUGUCAGGAAGUCUGGGACCGGCAGCUUCAGAGUCUGGCAACGAUUGAGGAGCGACCGGGUGAAGGGGAGGAUAGGGACAGUGAUGCGGAGGGCAGUGACCUCGACUCGUUUGGUCGCGAUCUGGAGAACUUGCUUGAUGCCGAGGAAGGAGAGGAGGUGGAUAAGGGCGGCGUGGGAGGGAAGGACAAGGGUGCCGGCGGCAGCGGCUGGAGGGAGAGGAGUGAAGGCGGAGGUGUAGCGGGUGUCCGUGGACUGGCAGCUCGUCGAAGGGCAUUGCAGCUUCAACAGGAGCAGGUGAUGGAGGACGAGGAGGCAGAAGCUGCAGCGCUUCGGCGAAUGCUUCGUGAAGAUGAUGAGGCAGAGGAACAAAGGAAGAAGAAGGCUCUGAAGGAGAAGGAGAAACACAAGCGAGAGGGUGCAUCUGAGGGACCUCCUCCUGCAAGUAAGGUUGCAAGAGAAGAACAAGGGGCAGCUUCCGUCAAGAGUGCUGCUGCUGCUGCUGGGGUGUCGUCAGUCGUCACUCGAGGAACAACAACUCUGCCAACGGCAGCUCCACCUGAUGGAGCGAAGCUCGGGAGUGUGCCCGAGAAAAAGAAGAAGACGAGGCUGACAAUCAAGAGCAGACGGCGGCAGCCGGACGGCACCUUUCAGGAGACCAUCAUGCAUAUCACCGACCCCGUAGAGAUACAGAAUUAUCUGGCAAGGAAAGAAGCUAUGGGACCGAAAGGACGGGCAAUCGGAAGGAUAGGUGGACGGAAGCUUCUACCGAAGUUGACAGGAGAUCAGAACGCUGGUUCGAGACUUGCGACAGGAACUACGGAUACAAAACAAGCCGGUAAGGCAAAGACAGCAUGGAUGAUGGGGUCUGGUGGGGUGGGUAUUCCGCAGGGAGCUGUUGUGCCGAAGGUGAGGCCUGUCAAGGUGAAGCUUGUGGGACGGAAAGUUGGGCCUGCGGGCGCGGCAGAAGAGAAGGAGCAAAGUAAGGUGAACAUCAUCCGCAUCAAGGACAAGCUAGCCUCUGGAGGAGACCACAAGGGGAAGCUAAGAGCUGCUGCGGCUGAUCGCGAAGCGGAUCGUGACCUUGCAAAUGAGCUUGCAAUAGAGCCUCAGUCGGUGCCGAGGAUGAUCGUCAAGCGGCCGAUACCUGGGAAGAAGGUUGUGAAGAAAGUCUUCGGGGUCAGCGGGAAUGAGGACGAGAUUCGGCGGAAAGAAAAGAAGAUCAAGACUCUGGGAUCCACAGAGAAAGGUAGUAAGGCUGCUGGUGAUGAGACGGGGAAUGCCAAGAAGAUGGUUUGUGGAGCCUGUGGGCAGAAAGGGCACAUGCGGACAAAGAAGUCGUGUCCGUUUUACAGGGGGGAAGAUGACACUGCCUCUCUUGGCCAUCCAGAAGGCGCUAUUGCUUCCGGGUUGCUGGAGGUAGAGGGAUCAAAGAUAAAACUGCACACAAAGAAAUUGGAAUCCUCACACCAACAUCAGCCACAGCGGCCCGCGGUCGGGUCAGCAUCAACAGAAGCACCAGCAGCAGAAGCAGCCGCGGGAAGAGGAGGAGGAGGAGAUGGUGGUGGAUUUGGCACUAGCCCUAACAAACAGGGGGGUAGUUUUGUAAAUGAGAACCAAAGACAUUCGCUUCGCGGCGGUGCUGAUUUGGGCGCUGAAAAUUUGCAAAAUUCUAAACAGCUGCAAGGCUCAGCUGCUUUCAACGAAAGACAGCAGACGGCAGCUUCUGAAACUGUGAAGACGCCGGUGCAGAAGGUGGUGAUUUCUGUCCCGAAAAGAGAGGGAUCGCAGCAGCAGAAGAACCUGGGAUCGCCCAGUGGCACGGUCCGGAAGAUUCCAAAGGUCUCUCUAGUGAAUCCGGUACGUGUGUCCUCACCGCACGGUGGACGGGCAGCAGGGGAUGACGCUUCAAGGUCUCCCUACAAGACCCCUCUGAAAGUUGUCAAGAAAGUGAAAUACAUGCACCUAGAUUCUACGCACGGUCAUCAGAGCCAACAGAGGAAGGGUGAGGAUAGCAGUGAUCACGUCCGCUUUCGGUCAGGCGGCGGCCAAGGGGAGACGACAACUCCGGUGCAGCCCUCGGUGACCCCAGUGGGUACAGGGGGGACAAAACUAAAGGUAUUGCUGCGUGUACCGACGCUUCCAUCCGCAACAAAGGAGACGCAGCCGGGGGGGGGCGCUGCACGGGCUUGGGGAGGAAGCACGCCGGGCAGUGCCAUUGGAGGAAAGGGCGGAAUGCCUGCGGCAGGCAGCGCUGCCAGCCACCGUGGACCGGGCCAUCUGUCUAGCGUCAGCCCUGUGGGCAAGAGGAGUAAAGGGAAGCUGAGUUCUGGUAAGAAGAAGGGGGUGAAGAGAGCUGGUUCUGGCGACAAUGGAGCAAGCGUCAACCACUACGGACACACUGCAAGCACGGCAAAGAGGCGGAGAAUCGCACCGAAAGUGGAGUUGGCCAAUAUCCUUGAGAAUGUGGUCGAUACAUUGAAGAGAGCAGAUGAGGCUUUCCUGUUCUUAAGGCCCGUGACGAAGAAGGAUGCACCGGAUUACCUCGACUACAUCGAUCGGCCAAUGGAUCUUGGUACCAUUAGGGACAAGGUGAAGGCUUAUUUGUACGCCAGGAGGGAGGAAUUCCGGGCGGAUAUUCUCCAAAUCAGGGAGAAUGCGUACAUAUACAAUCGUGUUAGAAAUCCUCAUAUUCCACCACUUGCGGAUGCGCUUGUCGAGAUCUGUGAUGCGGAGUUGGAGAGGCGGCAUGAUGAACUCACAGAGGCGGAAUCAGCGCAGAAGGCAGGAAUUAGGAGUGUUUGUGUGAGGGAGGGUGAACGAUGGAGGUGAAUAACUUCUGGAGGAAUUCAGAUUCGAGAAGCGCUCUUUUUCACGUCCUCUCUCCUCUUGAUUGAUGUAUUUUCAUCC